GGAUAAAGUCGGACCAGGCGUUUUCUCGAUCAUAACCUCCCCAGACCUCCAAAGUGCUGUCAUUCACGAGCAAGUCGAAACAGCAAACUCAUUGUUUCCACAUUAGAUAUCAAGCCAUUGCCGAUCUUCCUAAUGAUCUUCGUCCACGCCACGAUGCGAUAAAAGCUCGCUCCAAGAUCUUGGAUGAUGAUAUCGGUGUCUCGCCGUCUCAAGCAGCAGACAAUCCACAGAAGUACUUCGUUAUCUCCAGAAUUAUAGCGGGUCGCCCAAUGGACCAUUACGGUCUCCCCACGACGAUAUAUAGUCCGCAAGUCGCUAGAAUGACAGAGAAGUUUAGGAACAUCGAGACAGUCGAAGUAACAGAAGAGAUUGUCCGGCAAGCUAAAAAGCUAGUUUACAUUGGCACCAAGCUCUAUGGCAAUGAAGGGGAUCGAGAAAUUGAUCUGAAGGAACCCUUGGAGGAGAUUUUUGGGCACGCAGAGUGGCAGAAGGCGGUCAAUGGAAAGCGUGCAUAUCCAGGCGCUGUUUGGGACUUGUCCAUGGUUUAUGAGGGCAAGAAUGAGAAGGGGUUGAAAGGAAAUGCGCAACUGCAGGGACUUGUCUCCCGUCUGCACAUCAUUCAAGACUCUAAACGGGAAGGAAAGUACCUCGCCUCCAAUCUUCCCUGUAUCAAUAUUAGCAUCUCAAGCACAUCUUUCGAGGUUUGCCUCACGGUGAUGACCCAUGCACUUCUAGUGGACAAUGACUUUAAAAUGGACAUUCGAGGUGGUUUGCACUUGGACAAGGAUAUCCUCAUGGUCGCUCGUGCUUUGACAAUUCUGGCCGACGGUCUUCAAGACUUGAAGAAAUAUUACAAUGAUGUUCAAAUCCAGGGUGACAAGCGUGCCGAUUACCCUUUCCCCUCUCCUAUAUGUCAAGACACCCUCAAACUGCCAACCUAUGGGCCAUUGUCAUUCUUGGAAAGGCUCUCUCCGUCGGACAUCUUCACUGUUCCUGAUGUUAUACGCCCCGACGUCGUACAGAAGCAGAGCACCGCUGAUCGGUUCAAGUACUCGAUGCGCCUCUUCCGUGCUAUGAUGCCCGAUAAAACUGUUGUCAUCGUUAAAUCCACACCGACCUACAAUCCGGACGCUCAUGAGUUGUUGGCGGCCGAGGACCUCGCACCGAAACUUCUGUAUUACACGAAGGUCGUUGGCGAUUGGUGGAUGAUCGUGAUGGAGUAUUUGGAUCAAGCCCAGAAUGCAUAUACCUAUCUUCUCAACAGCCUAACACUAUCGCUUCCACAUUCAGUUUAUGAUGACGUCAAAACCGCACUCAGGAAGCUGCAUGAGAAGGACAUUGUAUUCGGUGAUGUUCGCCUUCAAAAUAUCAUGGUGGCAGCGGACAAGAAACGUGCGGAUCGUGUACGAGGAUACCUCGUUGAAUUUGAUUGGUGCGGCGUCGAAGGAGAGGCCCGAUACCCAAUAACGAUGUCUGACCUCAAGGUCUAUCGGGAAACUGGGAUGCACGCAUAUGGGAAAAUGCUCAUGUACCAUGACACAGAGUUAUUGGAGGGUUUGACGCACCUUUUCGACGCAGCCUAGGCCCUCAUUUGCACCAAUUCCUUAUUGUACUUUCUUGUAAUCUGUUGUGGCCGUCUAUCCUGUAUCUUACCUGUUUAAAACCCUCUAAAAUCGACGGAAAAGAUGUUACACUACCCAUCUAUCAAGAUUAGCAUGGCCCCUGCACAAGGAUGACAUGCUUAACGGCACAAUCUUCGGAGCACUUUCAGAGAGAAGGGAGGAAGGAAAAAACUCGUAAUGGUCCCGUUUUUGGAACAAGACUUGCCCUCAACAACAGAUAAGCAAACUCAAACCUCAUGCAUCAUGCGGCAGUUACUGACAGAGGCUUGUACCGAAUCCACUCUGCGACAUUCCCAUGGAACGGAUGUCUUGUAAAUUACUAGUGUGUAUAUAUUUAUGUAACAGCGAAUACUAGCUACAGAAUUUUACGCCACUUGAAUUAACUAGGGUCCGCUUAAGUUGGAGAGAAAGAGGGCGGGCGGGCUAAAUAUAGUGGAAGCGAGGCGAGUUUGGGUC